AGCAUCACUAAUUCCCAAUGCAAAUUGAUACUAAACGAAAAAGUACUAAAGAUUUUACGAGGAGAUUAAUCAAAUUCUAUUCAAGUUACAUUAGAAUAUUAUGUAAAUUAAAUUAUCUUCUUAUUUCAAAUUUUCACCAGGAAAUAAUUCACACAACAGAAAAAGCCCAACUCAAUUGAAUACUGAAAUGAGGUAAAAAAGAUUGCUAAAAAUAGAGGGAAAAUGGCAAAUGGAUUGGGCGUCAUCAAAUUUGCACUUCCUUUUGCUGCUCUGCCUCCACUUUCAAGGAGUUUUGCUGCAUACAGAGCGCCUCGCAGGGCCGUUUUAGGCGCCGGAUUCUCGUUUUUGUCGCAGUUUAUCAGCAUGGCUGCUCCCAAUUUUGGCGCCAAAUCUUUCAUAGCUUCCGCCAGGGUAAAUGGUGCCGUUGAAAAGGUAUUGGAGAAUAUGGAAUGGCCUGAGCAGUUUCCCUUUAAGGAAGAGGACUUCCAACGCUUUGAUGAGUCACCAGAUACAUUGUUCUAUGAAUCUCCGCGUUUCGUGACUCAUAUUGAUGAUCCAGCAAUUGCUGCCCUGACCAAAUAUUACUCAGAGGUCUUGCCACCGAGUAAUACUCCCGGAGUUGCUAUACUUGACAUGUGUAGCAGCUGGGUCAGUCAUUAUCCUAAGGGAUAUAAGCAGCCAAGGAUAGUUGGAAUGGGCUUAAAUGAAGAAGAGCUAAAGCAAAAUCCAGUUUUGACGGAGUAUAUCGUGCAAGACUUAAACGUUGAUCCUAAACUCCCAUUUGAAGAUAACACCUUCGACGUUAUUACAAAUGUGGUUAGUGUGGACUACCUAUCGAAGCCUAUUGAAAUUUUCAAGGAGAUGGCACGGAUCCUCAAACCAGGUGGACUUGCUAUAAUGAGCUUCUCCAAUCGCUGCUUCUUUACGAAGGCAGUCUCAAUCUGGACAUCGACAGGAGAUACAGAUCAUGUAAUAAUAGUCGGAGCCUAUUUCCAUUAUGCUGGAGGGUUUGAGCCUCCUAAGGCUGUAGAUAUAUCUCCAAACCCGGGUCGCACCGACCCAAUGUAUGUUGUGUACUCGAAAAAGUUAGCAGGCUGAGUCCGGAUCACAGUCCAGCCUCGCAGUUACUGUUUUGAGAAUUAGACGGGCGAGGUGCAUCGGUCAAGGGCGAUGCCGAUGAAGACGAGGGGCCACCGGAGCCACCGGAUGCACUCGCUGUCGGGCUUGGAGGCGAGCCAUAUGCCGGCGGAGAUGAUCGGGAUGGAGCACAUCAAGGCGAUGAAGUUCACCAAAGCUGUUAUGUUGUUGCUCAUAGCCAUUGUUGAGAUUGAUUAUGAGAGAGAGGUAAGAGAGUGGAAAAUAAAGGAAAGGUUUUGGAGGUUACUCAAACAUUAAAUAGUAAAGUGAACAUUCCUAAAAAUUAAUACAUAAAUAGAAAAUUAAAAGAGACGAAAAAAAUAAGGAUAGUUAAAAUAGUGUCAGUGAAAAGUGAAGCCCAUCAUUUAUUAUUAGUGUUUGAUUGUGUAGGAUCAUAAAUUGUGAUGUGGGGGUGGAGUUUUGAGAUGGUGUAACUAUCAAUAAGAUUUAUAUUCUUCACUUGUUUAAAGUGUGACAA